AGAAGUUAACAAUUUUCUCUUGUUUCUUACAUUCUAUGCAGAAAAAGAUGGCCAGUAUAUUGCAAGUCAAUUGCUUCAUGGGAAGGCCUCCAUUUUCCCACAAAUUUGAUCAUCAUUUCAGAGAUUCACUCCCUUCUUCUUCGAGUUUUAAGCCACUCUUCAGAAAGUUACAGCAGAAUCCAAUUUGGGCUAAUGUUCCCAAGAUCAUUAAGGAGGCUUCAGUAAGAUUAUUAGAUACAUUUGUUGAUUUGACAUUUGAAUUCGUUGACCAGCCAUUGCUUCCAUCCCAGGGUAAUUUUGCUCCAGUAGAAGAGCGGGGAGAAGCUAUUCAUGUGACCAGCAUAGAAGGAAGGAUCCCAGAUGAUUUUCAAGAGGGCGUUUACAUUAGAAAUGGCCCAAAUCCUUUGUUCGGGGCAUUAAAAUCGACAAAAUCCGUGUUUGGAAAAUCAAGCCACACAUGGAUAGAAGGCGAAGGAAUGCUUCAUGCUUUGUAUUUUUGUAAAGAAUGUGAUGGCAGCUGGAUCACUGCCUACAACAACAGAUAUGUCCAUACCGAUACUUUCAAAUUAGAAAAGGAAAGAAACAAACCAGCAUUUCUUCCAGCUAUUGAAGGAGAUCCUCGAGCCGUACUGUCAGCUUUUCUACUAAAUUGGUUAAGAUUUGGCUUGGUGGAUAAAUAUCUUAGCAACACGAAUGUUUUUGAGCAUUCAGGGAAGUUCUACUCGAUUUCUGAGAAUCACAUUCCUCAAGAGAUUGACAUUCGUACGCUAGAAACUCUUGAAAAUUGGGAUAUCGAUAAAGCUUGGCGUCGGCCAUUCACUAGCCAUCCCAAGAAAGCUCCAGAUACUGGAGAGCUUGUGAUUAUGGGGAUCUCUCCAAGCAAGCCUUACUUUGAAAUCGGAGUUAUCUCGGCCGAUGGAAAGAAAUUAGUUCAUAAAGCCGAUCUCAAAUUAAAUAGGUGUUGCCUUUGCCAUGAAAUAGGAGUUACAGAAAGGUAUAAUGUGAUCAUGGAUUUUCCUGUAACCAUAGACAUAGAUCGACUCAUAAGUGGAGGCCCGUUAAUCAAGCACGAAAAAGAAGGACGUGCAAGGAUUGGAAUAAUGCCCCGUUAUGGUGAUGCAGAUUCCGUCCAGUGGUUUGAAGUUGAAUCAAGCUGUACAUUUCACAUUAUUAAUUGUUACGAGAAGGAUGAUGAGGUCGUAGUGUUGGCAUGUCGAGCUCGUGAUUCAAUCAUACCAGGACCUGAUUUUGGCUUGAACAAAUUUGAUUGGUUCUCCAAAGGGUUUAAGGAUAUAAGUCCUGUUGAAGAAACUGAUGAAAAACCACAAGGAUCAUUUUUCUCUAGUGCAUAUGAAUGGAGAUUGAACAUGGAUUCCGGAGAUGUGAAGGAAAGGAAUCUCACUGGAACCGAGUAUUCUAUGGAUUUUCCGAUGAUGAAUGAAAAGUUUGUUGGUCUUGAAACUAAGUUCGGGUACACACAGGUGGUUGAUUCAAAUGCAAGCUCCAUAUCAGGCAUGGCAAAAUACGGAGGGCUAGCCAAACUUUACUUCAAGGAAAGGAAACUCGACCUUCUCCCGGAUACGAGACAACCCAAAGAAGAGUUGAUAAAGGUCGAGUAUCAUAAAUUUCCACCCAAUACAUUUUGCACUGGAGCUGCAUUUGUGGGGAAACCUGGGAGUCCUGAAGAAGAUGGUGGAUGGAUCAUUACAUAUGUACAUAAUGAAGAAUGUAACAUAUCUCAAGUUUAUAUAGUUGAUGCGCAGAAAUUUUCAGACAAGCCAGUGGCCAAGAUUACACUACCAAGUAGAGUCCCCUACGGAUUCCAUGGAGCUUUCAUGCCAAUACAUCGACAGUGAUAAAUUUGGCAUUCCAAAUGCUACAUUGUCGAAAAUAUAUUGGCUAAGCUUAAAAGUAACUCUUUUGUAAAGUAUGGAGAACUGAUAUGGGUUGCAUCAUGUAACAAGCUCUGACGCGCAAUAAAGUUUAUCGAGGAAACAUAACUAGAGGUCGACAGUACUCCCUUGUAAUGAAGUUAUUUGUAGUAAGUGGAGAUUUAUUUUGAUAUCCCUUUUAUUUUUUGAUUUGGAAGAGUGACCAACAAUGAGGAAGCAAGAAAAUAAAGGCCUGUAAAUGUAUAAACAGUUAUUAAAUAAGAACAUUUCUUU